CCCAAACGGUCACCCCGCGAGCGAGCCUUCGCGUGUGGCCUGAUCCUCCACGGAUCCCCACCUCGCCGGUGGCCGCCGACCGGGCGAGCGGAGCAGGAGCGGGAGGGGGUGCUGCGUGCGCGCGAUGGCGUCCCCCGGCCCCGCCGCGGGGAUGCAGAAGCUGGAGGCCGCGGCGGCGGCGGGGGGAGAGAGGCCUGGCGCGGCUGGGGCGGAGUGGGGCCGGGGGAUGCAGAAGAUGGAGGCCGUGGCGGCGGCGGGGGGAGAAGGGCAGGCGCUCGGUGCGGCGGGGGCGGUGGCGGGGGCGGAGCAGGUGGCGCCGCCCAGGAGGCCGGUGGCCGCGCGGAAGGAGAGGGUGUGCACGGCCAAGGAGCGCAUCAGCCGCAUGCCGCCCUGCGCCGCCGGGAAGCGCAGCUCCAUCUACCGCGGCGUCACCCGGCAUAGGUGGACAGGCCGAUAUGAAGCUCAUCUCUGGGAUAAAAGCACAUGGAAUCAGAACCAGAACAAAAAAGGGAAACAAGUAUAUUUAGGUGCAUAUGAUGAUGAAGAGGCUGCAGCAAGAGCUUAUGACCUUGCUGCACUGAAAUACUGGGGAGCUGGGACACAAAUAAACUUUCCUGUCUCUGAUUAUGCAAGAGAUCUUGAAGAAAUGCAGAUGAUAUCCAAGGAGGAUUAUCUUGUGUCUCUUCGAAGAAAGAGCAGUGCCUUCUCCAGGGGUUUACCCAAGUACCGUGGUCUUCCUAGGCAGCUCCAUAAUUCCAGAUGGGAUGCUUCUUUGGGACAUUUGCUGGGCAAUGACUACAUGAGCCUAGGAACCUUUGGCUUAGAGAGGAAAAUUGAUCUGACAAAUUACAUAAGGUGGUGGCUCCCUAAAAAGACACGGCAGUCAGAUACAUCUAAAGUGGAAGAAGUUACUGAUGAAAUCCGAGCUAUUGAAAGUUCAAUGCAACGGACUGAGCCUUAUAAGUUGCCUUCCCUUGGCCUCCAUUCUAACUCAAAACCCACUUCAGUGGGCCUAUCAGCAUGUGGUAUAUUAUCUCAGUCUGACGCCUUCAAAAGCUUCUUGGAAAAGUCUACAAAAUUAUCUGAAGAAUGUAGUAAAGAGAUGGAUGAAGGAAAGACAGUUACGCCAGUACCUGCAAGCGGAAAUGACACAACGCCAGUUAAUAUGAACAUGAAUGAGUUGCUUGUGCAAAGAGCUCCAUACACAUUGGCCCCUGUUACUGCACAAAUGAAAAAUACCUGGAACCCUGCUGAUCCUUCUGCAGACCCUCUUUUCUGGAGCAAUUUCAUCCUGCCAUCAAGUCAACCUGUCACAAUGGCAACAAUAGCAACAACAACGUUUGCAAAGAAUGAGGUGAGUUCGAGUGAUCCAUUUCAGAGUCAGGAGUGACCACACAAGCUUACCAAAGUGCAUGCAGGAUUUGCUUUUUGGGUUGGUCGGCGACGAUAUCCUGCGCGUCUUUGGGUUUCCUUCUUUCGAGCUUUUGAGGUGACCCAGGAGGAAUGCCCGUUGUAUCCAUAGUUCAUAAGAGAUGAAUAGAAGGUAAGAGAAGUACAACAAUAGUUUAUGUAAUAUAUACACUGGCUAGUGGCCUAGCGCCCAGUUAAUGAUAUUUAGUUAUAGAGCUGUCUGUACAUAUUGCGGUUCUUAUUUCAGCUAGGUCCUAUAGGUUGAGAACAGAAGAAUGCGACUUUUUCAAAGCUAAAUUGUUUAUUUUGAGCAAAUAUGUCCAAUGCUUGUUGUUUGAGUUAUGCAAUUCCAAUGAUAUUUUCGUUACGCUCUGUUCA